GAAUAAUCAGAACAGCAAAAUAGGUAUUUUAUUACUUACAGAAGAACAGUUGCCACCUGGGAAAAAGAUGUAUCCCGACUCAAGCCCUGAUUACGACUCGUCGUCCAGCUGUAGUACGACAUCGUCUGCUGGGGACACCCCCGUGUGCAGCCAGAACUCUCCAGACUCGCUUUCUAGCGCAUCAUCUACGGACGGCACGAGCCAGAAGGAUGUUUGUGCAGAAACAGGUGCGUCAAGCUCCACCUUUGUUCCCACUGUGACUGCAAUCUCUACCUCCCCGGAUUUGCAAUGGAUGGUGCAGCCGACAGUCCUCACAUCUGACACCCCCUCCCCUGGCCGCAAUCAACCAAGGAAAGUGCACGGCGCUCUACAAUCCUCUCAUAGAGCUGGUGGUUGCAAGAGACAGUCCACAGGCAAGAAGGAACACAAAAAACAGCCUUCCUCAGAGGAAGAUGAGAGGAGGAAGAUCAGAAGGGAGAGGAAUAAGAUUGCGGCAGCCAAGUGUCGCAAUAGACGGAGGGAGCUUACAGAUACCUUACAAUCUGAAACAGACAAGCUAGAGGAUGAUAAGACUGCACUGGAGACCGAGAUAGCCGACCUCCUGAAAGAAAAAGAGAGACUGGAACAGAUCCUAGCUUCCCACCAACCCACCUGCAAACUGUCCAAUGUCGAUGGCGAUAUUGAAAGCAUGCUCCAGGACCCUCCGGCUUCCCCUCACAUACUCUCCAUAUUAGACCACAGCAAACUCCCAGAGGGAGGUGUAGCCUUGGAGGGCCCCUUGAUGCAGGACAUUGAAGCCUUUGCUCCUAACAUUUCUGCAACGGCCAUCUUGGGGAACUCCAACAUCCUGUUGUGCGCCACUGCCACCAUAGAGGAGCCCAUGAAGGACCUGAGGGGAGACGACUUGGAGGACUUGGUCCCAAGCUUAGAGCUGACGAAUACCUCUGAAACGGCUGUGUCCGUACCUGACAUUGACCUUGGAGGCCCCUUUUGCGUCUCUGACUGGGAAACCCUUUAUAAGUCAGUGGCAAAUGACCUUGAACCCCUCAGUACCCCGUUUGUGUCUUCCAGCCCCACCUGUAGCAGUUACCGCUCUGCUUUCUCUUUCAGCUGCUCGGAGAUUGACUUCUUGGCAGAGAGCCUCGAUGGCCUCAAAGGUAGCCUGGGGAGGUCAGAGUUCACAAAAGAUAGUCUUCAUUCUCCCACACUUUUGGCCUUGUAAAACUGUUAUGCAAUUGUUAUGCGGAUAUGUUAUACAGUUAUUCAAAAACAACUUACCAGUCUAUAUUGUUCCUUCAAAUGAUGUUUUGUAAUGUUUGUUUGCUGUUGUGUAAAUCCUAACCACCAAAGGUUACAUCAAUGAAAUUAAAAGUUAACUUUGACUGUGUUUGACUUCUUCCAGAUAUAAUUGGUGCAAUUUUUCUUGAACGAGAUAUUGAUUUGUCCUUAUAUCAAUUGCAUGCAAAUGUGAACCGUUUUGAUUUAAAGAGGUUGAACAAGUUUGUAUUUUGUCAUCCCUAAGUGUAAUAUGAAAGUGUAAUAUGAAAAUAGAUUGUGGUUUGUGUGGACACUGUGAACAGAUUGUGUUAUAACAAAUGGAAUUACAGUUUUAGUCAUAUGUGAACAGUUUCAUCAUUUUACUGUAUGAGGUGAAAGUGAUAUUUCUUUCAAGUUUUCCAUGAAAACAUCAUGCCAUGUACUUUAUUAAGAUGUAUUCUACGACAUAGUUUAUUUUUUUACCUCCAAAGUUGAGACUUGUUGUUCAGAUGCAAAACAUAGAACACAAAAAAUUACUAAUAAAAAAUAUA